CAUUUAGAGCCACGUUUUUGAUAGAAAAAUCUGGACUUUGAUGGCUAUUAUUAUUAAAAAAUCUGUCUUUCAAUCUCAACUACUCGUUGGUUUAUCUCAAGAAUCUUCUCUUCAAUUCACAACAACACCAUCAUUUGCUUUUGAUUAUUUCUCUCUCUCUCUCUUCUCCUACUUGUGUUACUUUGGAUACCUGCAACUUGCUCUUCCUCCUUCCAUACUAAAACCAAUUUACAACUCAAACUUUUUAUAUUAAUUUUAUUUACAACAUCAUCAACAUCAACAUUCACAGCAUAACAACCUCAUCAUCAUCAUGUGUCUUCCGGAUGCAAACCAAGUUGUGCAACAAUUGGAUAACAACAGUAACAGUGACGAUAACAAUAACACCACCAGCAACAAGACCACUUCUUGGCCUUUGCAUUGCGUUUUAGAUACCCAGAUGGAGAAUUCGGAGAACAACUCUUCUGUCAAUUCAUUUCCUCUGGAAAGCGUUCGUGAGGAUACAGUUACCAUGGAAAGAAAACAGAACCAUUUUACAAACUUUUUCCCUACCUUGCGGUCUGGAGAGUGGUCUGACAUUGGUAAGCGUCCAUAUAUGGAGGACACUCAUGUAUGCAUAAGUAACUUGGCUAUGAAGUUUGGUUCUAAAUUACUCAGUGGAGAACAAGCUGUUUCAUUCUAUGGGGUAUUUGAUGGGCAUGGAGGAAAGUGUGCAGCAAAUUUCGUCCGUGACCAUUUGCCUAGGGUCAUUGUUGAGGAUGCUGAUUUCCCUCUAGAACUUGAGAAAGUGGUCACAAGGUCAUUUAUAGAGACUGAUGCUGCAUUUUUGAAGUCGUGCCCACUUGAACCUUCUGGCACAACUGCACUUACUGCUAUGAUAUUUGGAAGGUCUUUACUUGUGGCAAACGCAGGGGAUUGCCGGGCAGUACUGUCCCGACGUGGAGCAGCUGUAGAACUGUCUAAGGAUCACAAACCUUGCUGCAAAAUAGAAAGGAUCCGUGUUGAGUCCUUGGGUGGAUAUGUUGAUGAUGAUUACUUGAAUGGUCAGCUAGGUGUGACACGUGCCUUAGGUGAUUGGCACCUUGAAGGAAUGAAGGAAAUGGGUGGAAGGGGUGGACCCUUAAGCGCUGAACCAGAACUAAAAUUAGUAACACUGACCAAUGAGGAUGAAUUUCUUAUCAUUGGUAGUGAUGGAAUAUGGGAUGUGUUUUCAAGUCAAAAUGCAGUAGAUUUUUCCAGGAGGAGGCUCCAAGAGCAUAAUGACUUGAAGUUAUGCUGCAGGGAAAUAGUGGGGGAAGCAAAAAAGCGAGGAUCGAGAGACAAUCUGACAGUUGUUAUGGUGAGUUUUCACUUGGAGCCACCUCCUAAUGUGGUUGUACAAAAGGCAAAAGUUCAUAGAAGCAUUUCAGCUCAGGCGCUUCAAAAUAUCAGAUGCCUGUUAGAAGGAUAGAAGUUUAGAAUAUUUGCUUGCAAUUUGGCUAUUUGGUAAUGGUAACCAAAGGAGAGAGGACUAGUUAAUAAUAAUAUUCUAGCUGCUCCCUUUCCUUGAAUUUGUUUGUGAGUAUAAAUUCAUAGGGGAAAUAGUAACAAUCUUUUUCUGUCGUCUUAUAAACAGAAGGAAAUAGAAAGAGCUUUAGACAAAUACCAAAACUGUGAAUUAUAAGAAUAAUAAGAAUGUUGUAUUAUCAUUACUUUCAUGUAUAUAAAUUAAU